UUGGGGCUGUGCGGGCGGCGGGUGCGCAGGCGCUGAACCCCCACCCCCGCUGCCCCGGGUCACCUCCGGUGCCGCCCGCGCGUCCCGGCCCGAGCAGAGCCGGAGCGGGACCUCACGGUGGGGCCCCGGCGGGGACCGGGCUGUCCCGCCGCGGGAGGCUGUGGGGACGGUGAGCCCGGUGUGAGUGCGGGUGCAUCUGAUUACCUGCUGGAAGCACUUCAAAGUCUCCACAAUGAGCUCGAUGUUGAUGUUAUUUUUUGCUGGAAUCCUCCUUUGUUGUUCUUGCUCAGCUGGUGACUCCGUACCCAAGUUGCUCCUCGUGUCCUUUGAUGGCUUCAGGGCUGAUUACUUGGAAACCUACAAACUUCCUCAUCUCCAGGAGUUCAUUGAGGAUGGUGUGCUUGUAAAAGAAGUCACGAAUGUUUUUAUCACCAAGACUUUCCCAAACCAUUACACCAUAGUGACAGGUUUAUAUGAGGAAAGCCAUGGCAUUGUGGCUAAUGACAUGUAUGAUGCAGAUGCCAAGAAAAAUUUUUCACAGUUCAACGAUUCAGAUCCUUUCUGGUGGAAUGAUGCAGUUCCAAUUUGGGUAACAAAUCAACAGCAGGGAAAGGGAGCAAGUGCUGCUGCAAUGUGGCCCGGUACUGAUGUAAAAAUCAACAACAUGACCCCUCAUUUCUUUAUGAAAUACAACUUCUCUGUGACAUUUGAGGAGAGAGUGGAGAGAAUUGUGGAGUGGCUGAACAGCUCUGAGCCGGUGGUCAAUUUUGCUGUGCUCUACUGGGAAGAACCGGAUGCAAGCGGGCACAAGUACGGCCCAGGCGACACCAAGAACAUGCACAGAGUGCUGGAAGAAGUGGAUAAACAUGUUGGUUUCCUUAUGAACAAACUGAAGGCAUCGGGCCUGUGGGACACUGUAAAUGUCAUAAUAACAAGUGACCAUGGAAUGGCCUCCUGUUCUGCAGAGAGGCUGAUUGUCCUGGAUGAAUGCCUCGGGCGCAAUUACUACACCCUGAUAGACAGGACUCCUGUUGCUGCAGUGCUGCCAAGGCAGAACAAAGAAGAUGUAUAUAACUUACUCAAAAAUUGCAGCAGUCACAUGAAGGUUUAUCUGAAAGAAGAAAUUCCAGACAGAUUCCAUUAUCGCCAUCACAAGAGAAUCCAGCCCAUAAUUCUGGUUGCAGAUGAAGGCUGGACAAUUGUACAGAACGAGUCCCUCUCCAAGUUGGGGGACCACGGCUACGACAACGCCCUGCCCAGCAUGCACCCGUUCCUGGCCGCGCGCGGUCCCGCCUUCCGGCGCGGCUCCAGCCACGGCCGCCUGGACAACGUGGACAUCUACCCCAUGAUGUGCCACGUGCUGGGGCUCGCCCCGCGGCCGCACAACGGCACCUUCGCCAACACCAAGUGCCUGCUGGCUGACCAGUGGUGCAUCAGUGUCCCUGAGGCCAUCGGGAUCGUCAUCGGGGUUUUCAUGGUCCUCAGCACUUUUACCUGCAUCAUCAUCAUCUCCAAGAACAGAGUGGCUCCCUCCCGGCCCUUUGCCCGGCUCCAGUUACAGAGCGAUGACGAUGAUCCUUUGAUUGGAUAGCGCGGAGGGAGCCGAGCCUCGCUUCCUACGUUGUGAUUUCAGGAAAACAGUUUCAAUUUGCACUGGAUGGCAUUCUUUGUUUGAUGCACUUUAUCUGUGUAAAAUACUGUACAGCCCGACCCUGCUGAUUUGUGUGACUAGUGUAAUAUAAAAAUAUUUUCAUAACCAUAUAGUGAACAGGUGGCUUUUUACUGGAAGAGAUGCUUAACAAAAUAAGGACGCUUAGUUUUUCAUUCAAGCCUCUGAACGCUUUCAGAAGGAGACUCCAGAGUGUGACUAGCCAGGAUAGACAAAGGGAAUUUUAAUAUUUGUAAAUCAUAAUUGCUUUUUUGUAUUAAAUUAAUAUUGACUACUUUUAGUGUUUUUGCACCUGUGUUGGAAAGAAAAACUUUAUUGAGAGUUAGGAGCUAGUUUUGUUUAGAGAGUGUAUUCUGGUGUGCCCUUAAAUUUGGGGAAAGGGAAGAUCCAAGACUUCUGUUUCUACCCUAAGUCAACAAUGUGACAAGAAAUUUCUGAGAAAGAAAAUAGAAGUCAAUGAUUAAAGAACUGGUGCAUAUCUCUUCUAUUUUGAGCAAUAAACUGUGUGGUUCAUCCCAUACAAGCCUAGGCAGGUAGCUCUGAUAUUUCUGGAUAUGUGUCUCUGCAUCACUUAGAUCCAGAGGUCCAGCUGGGAUGGCACUACUGCCUUAUCUCGAGAAAGUCAAUUUAACUUGGGAGUCUUUGAACUUGAAUUACCCAGUUUCAUCAGCUGUAGUGUAAAAUCACUGCUCCUGAACCCUAUCAAAAAUUUCUCAGGAGUAAAUUCUGCUGAAGGUCAUCUCGAGAUAAAGGUGGUUCUGCCCUGUGUACGAGGUCAUAAUUGUCUCUUGAAGGCUGUUAUGCUAAAAAGCAAAAACUGAAAGUUUGGUAUGCAUGUCAUCAAGCAAGGAUUUCAAACUCAUAUUUUAAGCCCUGGAAAUUUAAAGGAAGAAGGUAGCAGAUCUUAACUUAAAAAAUAAAUUCUCUAUAAUGCUUGAGGUACAACGAUGCAAAUUCCUGCUGAAGACUAGAGCUAACUGUUCUCUUAAUUGAAACUCUUGAUUUUUUGUUAAUGGUUAUCUAGUAACUUGCUAUAAAAAAAUAGUUUAAUUGAGAAAUCCUUAAAUGGUUCAUUAUCUUUCAGUGAGAUUAAAUUGUUACUGCUAAUCCAAAAAGAGAACUACAGUUAUCAAGUCUUUUUCCUACAAGUCUGAUGGCUUUAAAAAAUAAAGUGACAGAGGUACCUGGUAGCAAUGGGUUUCUCUUUCACACCUUCAGAUUCAUUGCAGUUUGAUGUUGGCCACAGCCUUUUAGUGAUCCAGCAAGGAAGGAGCAGGAACUUUGAAGGGAAAAGGUUACUUUGAACUGCCCACUGGAAAAAAUAAACUUCAGUUUUACAAAUGUGUGGAAGUUCUAGUAAUGUGUGUCUUCCUCUCUAGGGAUUCCAUUGUACUUGAUUAAAAACACAAUCCAAAACCUAA